AGCACACAGGGCAGUGGGAGAAACCGAGGCUGGCAUGGCGCCGUAGUCCCCGUGGUCCGAAUGCGGCGUGGGGAGGACACGGCUCGGCAUGUCAUGGCUGUGAUGGCAUGACUGACAGCUGGGAGGGAGAAUCAGACAGGGUUAGGGGUGUCGCCCAGCGUGUUCCCUGCCCCGCGCUACAAAGCAUUUUAAACAAGUAGGAAGCAUAUGCACCAGCCUCGAAAGUUUGGAAAGCAUCCCCUUGCGGGUGUCUCCAAGCAAAGCAUCCGCGAACAAAUUUGGGACUAUAUGGAAUCACACGACUUAGCCGACUUUCCCCGGCCCGUUCAUCACAGGAUUCCCAACUUUAAGGGGUCUUACUUGGCUUGCCAGAGCAUCAGAGACCUGGAAGUCUUUGCUGGGACACAAGAAGUGAAAGUGGACCCCGAUAAGCCCCUGGAAGGUGUCCGGUUACUGGCGCUGCAGAGCAAAAAGACACUGCUGGUCCCAACACCACGGCUGAGGACAGGGCUGUUCAACAAAAUCACACCACCCCCUGGAGCCACCAAAGACAUCCUGAGGAAAUGUGCCACCUCCCAGGGUGUGCGGAACUUCAGCGUCCCCGUGGGCUUGGAUGCCAGUGUCCUUGUGGAUUUAGUUGUAGUGGGAUCUGUUGCUGUGUCUGAGAAAGGCUGGCGGAUUGGGAAGGGAGAAGGGUAUGCUGAUCUUGAAUAUGCCAUGAUGGUGUCAAUGGGAGCUGUCCACGAGGGGACACCAGUCGUCACCAUUGUCCAUGACUGCCAGGUCAUUGACAUCCCUGAGACUCUUGUGGAGGACCACGACCUCACUGUUGACUACAUCAUCACUCCCACCAGGGUCAUUACUACAGGCUGUGCACGCCCAAAGCCAACAGGGAUCACAUGGUCCAAGGUCAGCUGUGAGAUGCUCACAAAAAUCCCAGUACUCAGGAGCCUCCGCGAGCGAGAGAGGCGAGCUGGAAAGGAUGUCACUCUUCAAUCCGAGCCUGGCGGCCAGCAAUCCAUCCCAAGCACUGUCAGGAGACCCCGGGCUAUACCACCGUCACAAGCAGGAUCCCUAGGAGGGUCCCAUAGCUCCCUGCAGGUGCAGGACACCCAACCAGCUGCCACUGUGUGCGUGGGAAACCUUCCCUAUGACACUCGAGUGCGUGAGCUGAAGAGAGCCGUCCGGGAGCUGGGGGUGAGGCCCCUGAGGCUUACCUGGCAGGGGCCACAGCACAGGGCUAUUCUACAUUACGCCGACUUGGCUGCUGCCCAGGAGGCUCUCUCUCUCCUGCAGGGCCUACAUCUAGGUGCCAACACCUUGAGAGUGACGCUAGGACAACAGACGGAUACAUGACAUGGUGAACAGUCCCUAGCAGAAGAGCCAUGCCCAUUCUGUUGUUUGGAUGUCCCUGGCACGUGACAAUUUGCCACUGAUAAUGACCUGCUGCUGUGUGAGGCAUCUCCUCUGUUUCCUGGGAAGAGACUGCUGUCAGUGAGUAGGGACGGAGGCAAGCGACACAUCACAGCACUGU